AUGAUUAAAGUUGACCAAAGUGAAGUUAAACUCAUCACGCCUCAACCCUACAUUGCUCGCUUGAAAGAAUUGAAGCAGAAGUUGCCCGAAGAAUUAGUGGAUGAUAUUGAAGCUAAUGAUGCAAUUUUUCAAGAAGUUAUUGGAGAGGAAGCACCAGGAUGUUUACGUAGUAGUAAUAUUGUUUCGAGUAAGAAUUUGGUUUACACCUCUCGAGAAGAAUUUGAUCGAGCUGUCCAAGAAAAAACUAAUGCCGAAAUUGAGAGCAUUCGAAAGGGAUGUGAAGAGCAUAUUUCAAAAUUCAAAGAAGAAUAUUGCUCUAAAAUGGAAUUGCUUCAAGCUCGUCUUCUCACAUUAGAGGAUCAAAAUAUGAAUGUAUCUGGAUCUUUGAAUUCUCGACGUAUUCAAGCUGUAAAUAAUGGGAACUUGGAGAUUUUCAGUGUAGCCAAUGAAACCCUUGAGAUGGGAAAAGACGUGAAUAACCCAGAGGAGAACAACAUAGAUAGUCAUUUGGAUGGUGCACGUCCUCAGGUAUUAGCUUUGAUUAAUACUUUGCCAUUUAUUAUUUUUAUAAUAAAUGUAAAAUAUGAUGGAUCUUAUUAUAAUUAUAUAGGAACAAGUGAUAACUCAAAGAAGGAGCAGCAAGAGGAAGAGAAAUUGCCAAUGAUCGUCGUCGUCACGUUGCCACAACUAAAUUUUCAUUAUUUCAUUGCAAGAUAA